AUGAGUUUCUUGAGGGGUCUAUUAGGUGGUCUUCUUCUUGCUAUGGUAUUUUUUGUAUCUGAUGGAGACCCUUUGGUUCCAGCAUUGUGCAUCUUUGGUGAUUCUGUAGUUGAUGUUGGAAAUAAUAACAACUUAAGCACUCUCAUCAAGGCAAACUUCCCACCUUAUGGAAGAGAUUUUGUAACCCACAGACCCACCGGAAGGUUCUGCAACGGAAAGCUGGCCACAGACUUCACAGCUGAGUAUCUUGGGUUCACUUCUUACCCACCAGCUUACCUGAGCCGAGAAGCUAGAGGGAAAAGAAUUCUGACUGGCAUCAACUUUGCCUCUGCUUCUUCCGGUUAUUAUGAGAGGACUGCUAAUUUAUAUCGUGCUCUAACGUUGCCACACCAACUAAAAUAUUACAGGGUGUGGCAAAGGAAAGUAGUGAAUCUGGUCGGGAGGACCAAGGCUAACAACAUAUUCUCAGGAAGUAUACAUCUUAUAAGUGCAGGGAGCAGUGACUUUAUUCAAAACUACUAUAUAAAUCCACUACUCAACAGAGUCUACUCACCUGAUCAGUUCUCCGAUAUCCUCAUGCAGUCAUACUCUACAUUUGUUCAGCCAGUCCUCAUUAUAAUAUCAGCAGCGAUCUAUGGACAGAACCUCUAUGGUUUAGGAGCAAGGAAGAUUGGGGUCACAACUCUGCCACCAACUGGUUGUUUGCCAGCUGCCAUUACUUUGUUCGGUGCAGGAACCAACCACUGCGUUGCAAGACUGAACAAAGACGCAAUCUCCUUCAACAAUAAGCUCAACAGGACAUCUCAAAAUCUAAAGAGCAAGCUUCCUGGCAUCAAGCUCGUAGUCUUCGACAUCUAUCAGCCUCUCUUUGAUCUGAUCACAAAACCUGUAGAGAAUGGAUUUUUUGAAUCAAGGAAGGCUUGUUGCGGGACUGGUAUGAUAGAAACAUCGUUCCUUUGUAAUGCCAGGUCAAUUGGAACAUGCUCCAAUGCUACAAAUUAUGUCUUCUGGGAUGGAUUUCAUCCCUCAGAAACAGCAAAUGAGAAAUUGGCUCAAAGUCUGUUGGAACAGGGCUUUGAGCUCAUCUCUUAA